CCCCUAGAGCCUGUCCAUGGAAGGAGAGGCUAAGAACCCUGCUGAGAAAGUGGUCACCAUUACCUCCAUCCUGGGGCCUGACUCCAGUUCCUUACACCCGAAGAUGCUCUACUCACUACUUACGAUGUCAGCAUGUCUGCAUGCAACAGUUAAGGGUCAGAGGCUUCUAUAGGUCUGCAAGCCAGUUCGCUGGGUGAGGGCAUGUGUUCUAUCAGGCCAGACAAGGGUGAUCUGGGCAAGCUACAAAACCGGGCUGCACUUUUAGAGAGCGAAGGCAAGUUCCCCAGCGUGUGGGAGCCUGAAUCCCAUUUCUGCCUGCCUCUGUCUUCACAUGGGUGACCUCUCUGGAUCCUCUCUUCUUCUUAUAAAAACACCAGUCACUGGAUUUCUAUCCAUCUAAAUCCUGUAUGAUAACAUCUUGAGACCCUCUCAGUGAUGGGUGGCAUAAGUGGAAAUAAACUCAAGCUGAUGCUUCAAAAACGAGAAGCACCUGUUCCAACUAAGACUAAAGUGGCCGUUGAUGAGAACAAAGCCAAAGAAUUCCUCGGCAGCCUGAAGCGCCAGAAGCGGCAGCUGUGGGACCGGACUCGGCCCGAGGUGCAGCAGUGGUACCAGCAGUUUCUCUACAUGGGCUUUGAUGAAGCGAAAUUUGAAGAUGACAUCACCUAUUGGCUUAACAGAGAUAGAAAUGGACAUGAGUACUAUGGCGAUUACUACCAACGUCACUAUGAUGAAGACUCUGCAAUUGGUCCCCGGAGCCCCUACAGCUUUAGGCAUGGAGCCAGUGUCAACUACGAUGACUACUAACCAUGACUUGCCACACGCUGUACAAGAAGCAAAUAGCGAUUCUCUUCCUGUAUCUCCUAAUGCCUUACACUACUUGGUUUCUGAUUUGUUCUAUUUCAGCAGAUCUUUUCUACCUACUUUGUGUAAUCAAAAAAGAAGAGUUAAAACAACACAUGUAAAUGCCUUUUGAUAUUUCAUGGGAAUGCCUAAAAUGCAUCUCAUUUAAAAAUAGAAAUAAAGCAUUUUGUUAAAAAGAAAA